CGUGGACUCCAUGCAUUUCGCAGCAAACAGCAAAACAAAUUCCCCUAAACCCCUAAUAGCUAAGCGGCCACCGGAGAGCCGGCCGCAGUCUUCCAGCGACAUUUACCCUCCGCCCCCAAAGAAAUUGCGUGUGGAGGAGAAGGGGCUGAAGCACCGGGCAGUGAACGGAGAGGUGUGCGCAGCGGACAAACACAACGGGAAGCAGAGUUGUGGGAGCCCAGCGAAAUGGAGUUUCGGCCCGGCCAAGGCGAGCCUCUCCACCGCAGCUCCCGCUCGGAAAAUCUUCAAGAUCAGCAACUUUCUGGCGUCGCCCCACAAAGUGAAAAGGGCGAAGGAGAAACGACACAAGGAGAAGGAGAAAAGCAACGAAGCACAGCGGAGUUCAGGCUCUGCUGUGGAGAAAGUGAGCGCAGCUAGCUGCCAUACAAAGACCGAGAACGGAGACGUGAAAAUGCUACAGAGAGAUCACCGUGUGAAAGAGAAAGACCGAGAGAAGAAAAAAGACAAGAAUAAAGAAGAGUGGAAAAGUCACAAAUUGCCACCUGUGCAUGACAUUGCAAGAGAAAACGGAGAAGUGGUUUCUCCACAGAAAGAGUCUAAGGAGAAGCCCAAAGCCGGGUCAGAGGAAGACCUCCUGCUGAAGAAACUCAAGAAGAAGAAAAAGAAGAAGCACAAAGAUGGCGAGCGGGUGAAGGAGAGGCACAGCCGACCCAAAAUGUACAAUCGCUCGUGCCAGACUGUGUGUUCAGGAGUGUCUCUGGGUCUGCCCGAGUUCCUCGGUCGCAUCAACGGGAACAACAACAACAGCAGCAGCAGCAGCAGCAGCAACAACAGCAGUGGUCUGCUCCACCCCACAGCACCACAGCAACACCAGGAUCCUCCUAUCACUGCCGCUACCUCCACCCUUACCCCCACCAUGGUCAGGGACCGGCUGGGCUACAGCUCCCCGCUGCACUGUACCCCAGUGCCGGGCAUGCCUGGGUCGGAGUUUGGCCAUCUGAUCCACAUCGAGCAGCAGGCCAACGGAGGGGCGUCUGUGGCACACGCCUACACUGAGCAGCUCGCCUGUCUGUCUUCAGCUGAGAUGCAGCGUUUCGCCCAGGAGUUUGUGACCCUGUCCUUCAGCGAGGAUGAGUCCCAGGCUGCAAAUUUUGUGAUGGGAAUAAUCCAUGGAGCGGCGUCCUACCUCCCAGACUUCCUGGACUACUUCUCGUACAAGUUCCCCAACGCACCGGUGAAGAUGGAGGUGCUCGGGAAGAAGGACAUAGAGACGACAACCAUGGUCAACUUCUACUCUCAGGUGAAGCGGACAUAUUCCCAGGGAACGUACCGUGCCGGGGCCAUGCGGCAGGUCAGUCUGGUCGGGGCUGUGGAUGAAGAGGUCGGAGACUUCUUCCCCGAGUUCAUCAGCAUGUUAGAGGAAUCUCCCUUUCUGGAGCGGACUCUGCCCUGGGGAACAUUCUCCAGUCUGCGGCUGCAAAGCCCCACUGAGAGCGACGACGGCCCCAUCAUGUGGGUCCGACCUGGAGAACAGAUGAUCCCUAUGGCUGACAUGCCAAAAUCACCCUUUAAAAGGAAAAGGUCCACCAAUGAGAUAAAGAACCUGCAGUAUCUACCCAGAACCAGUGAGCCGAGGGAGAUGCUGUUCGAGGACCGGACGAGAGCCCACGCUGAUCACAUCGGUCAGGGGUUUGAGAGGCAAACUACUGCUGCUGUAGGUGUGCUGAAGGCGGUGCGCUGCGGAGAGGACGAUGCUCCGGCUCGGAUCACCAAAGAUGUUGUGUGUUUCCACGCUGGAGAUUUCCCAGAUGUGGUCAUGAGGCUGCAGCUGGACCUCCAUGAGCCUCCACUGUCUCAGUGUGUUCAGUGGAUUGAUGACGCCAAGCUGAACCAGCUGAGGAGGGAGGGGAUCCGAUACGCCCGUAUCCAACUCUACCACGAUGACAUCUACUUCAUUCCCAGAGGAGUCGUCCACCAGUUUAAAACUGUGUCUGCUGUGUGCAGUCUGGCCUGGCACAUCCGACUCAAACUGUAUCACCAACAUGAAGAGAAGGACGAGGAGGACGAGGAGGACGAGGAGGAGGUGAAGGUGAAGGAAGAGGAGAAGUGCGCACCUAGAGAAGUCUCCCUUCAAAUUAAAGAAGAGGAGGAACAUGAGGAGGUGGAGGUGAAGCAGUGUGACCAUGCUGCACAGACAGCGAUGAAGCUGGAGGAUGAUGACGGUGAGGGAAGGGAGGGGCCGCCCUCACAAACUCCGACACAGAUUUUCAAGGAGGAAGAGCACGAGAGCAGAGCGGAGAUAAAGGACUUGUCAACGAUACAGUCUCCACCUUUUGUCAAGAAGGAGAGAGAUGAAGGUGUACUCGCUCACACACUAACGGAGCCCAAGGCUGAGGAAGAUGAAAAGGAGGAAGGUAAGGGAGGGGGAGAUGGAGGCGCAGGCCAGACACUGCAGAAGGGCCAUGAGGAGGGAGGAGUGGACAGCGCAUCCUUAAAGUCACUACAGCAAAUUAGGAAGGAGAAUGAUGUGGAGGAAGAGAGGCAGCAAAAGACAGCUCCACCAGGUCAAAGUCUAAAAGAGAAAAGCAAAGAUAGUCUAACCAGCUCUUGCAACACACCACAAAUCAAAAAAGAAAAGGAUAAAGGAAAGAGAGAGAGAGAUGAAAAAGAAAGAGCUAAAGAGAAGGAGAAGAAGGAAAAAGACAGGAGUAAAGAGAAGGAAAGGGAUAAAAAGGACAGGGGGAAAGACAGGGAUAGAGAGAAGGACAGGGUGAGAGAACAGGAGAAAGUUAAAGCAGAGGGUGGCAGAGAGGGCAGUACGGCCACUCAGCCGUUGCAGCAGAUCAAGAAAAAAGAGGACGAGGAGCGGACAAGAGAGGGCAGUAAAGCCUCUCAAAGUUCCCUGCCUGCUCAGCGAGACGAGAAGUGGGAUUCAAAGACGCAGCCUCACGUCAAGAGAGAGAAGGAGCACGAGAAAGACAGAGGAGGCACACGGCCAGACAGAGAGGAGGCUCGAGACGCCUGCACGCAUAAACACAAGUCUUCACACGGGAAGAAGGAGAAGAGCGGGCACAGAGAGGGCAAGGAGAGCAGUACCUCGACUACACAGGGAGCGCAGGCAAAGUCAGGGAGAGAGGAUGGAAAGACGAGCGCUCCCAAACCUGUGAACAUUCAGGUAAAGAAAGAAGGAAAGAAGGAUAAAGACAUCAACAGCAAAGAGGAGAGGAAGAAGUCAAACCCCGCCUCCGGUCCCCCGCCAGCAGAACACAAACCACCAAGGACGCUCAUCACCUUUGACCUCUUUAAGCCGAUGGAGGCUCACCAAACUCUGGCUCUUUCCUUCACAGACAGUAGACCUAAGACCCACCAUCACAGUGACUCUCGAGGCUCUUCUUCUAAGCUGGGAUCAGAGAGCCGGACAGUUGUGCCCUCUAAAGGACCAAAAGUAAAGGACUCAGUGCAGGGAAAACCUGCCACGCCCCUACAGGACACUCGGCCGCAGCAACACUCGUUAAAACAGCCCCUCAAAACACACACACCCCAAACACAGAAAGACUUCUUAAUAUGAAUGUCUAGAUGUCUGGUCUUCUUUUUUUACUGUACAACUUAUGCCGAGGCUUUGUUAAAAUAUUUGAAGAUGCACCCUUCCUUCACACGUAAACUGGUUUCUCUAAUAGACGGAGCGGAUGCAUUCCAAUACUUUGUUGGCAUGGACGCAGCCGCAUUUUACUCCAGUGACGCAGUGAAAAGAGGACGCACUCUCCAAGCAUUUUACCAGUGCCCAAGAAUGUAAGCUAAGUAGCUCACUUCACGUUUGUUAGCGAAUGUAUGUAGGCUCUAUAUAAAAAUGUUAUGUGACCCGUGUGUCAGUGCCUGUGCACUACUUAGCUUCGCUCUUAAAGCACCUAUUUUAGGUACUGGACUAGCCAAUCUGAAAACAACCACGCUUACUCCCUGCUAUAGGAAAAAAAAAAAGAAGAAAAAAAAACCCAACCUAUGUUCACUAUUUGGAACAUGUCGACAAGUCACUGAACUCCUACUGAAAUCCUCUCAUGACCACGUCAUUUUAGUCGAUGGGGUUUGUCAUUUAACACUCCAAAACCAGAGCAAGUCGUUGUUUUCAGACUGGACUUUGUUUGACUCAUACAGGGCUGUAAAUGAUACUGUAUGUACCAAAACUGUACAGUAUAGAUGUUAUUAGCACCAAUGUGAGAAAAUGUAUACAGAAAUUGCAUAUAUUUUUUGUAAGACAAGUUUUAUUUUCCAUAGAACUUAUUUAUAUCAUUUAC